GGCGAGUGAGGUGGGUGGGUCAGUAAUUCCAAAGUUCUUUUGUUAUUCGGUGCGUGUGUCUAAGUUUGAAACCCCUGUGAUCUCACACAAUUCCAAUUCCUCUGGAUCUCGUCUCGAUCGAUCGAUCUCGAACAUGAGCACUGGGGAGCUUCUCAACAUCGAACCUCUCGAACUCAAGUUCCCCUUUGAGCUGAAGAAGCAGAUCUCAUGUUCUCUUCAAUUGUCCAAUAAGACCGAUAGCUAUGUGGCCUUCAAGUGUUUGUGAGAUAAUUUAUGCAAAAAUUGCGUGUUUGUUUUUUAAGGUGAAAACAACCAAUCCGAAGAAGUAUUGUGUUCGUCCGAACACUGGUAUUGUCACGCCACGAUCUACGUGUGAUGUUAUCGUUACCAUGCAAGCGCAAAAAGAGGCUCCUGCUGAUAUGCAAUGCAAGGAUAAGUUUCUUCUUCAGAGCGUAAAAACUGUUGAUGGUACCAGUCCGAAGGAUAUCACUGCAGACAUGUUCAACAAGGAGGCAGGGCAUGUGGUUGAGGAGUGCAAAUUGAGAGUGCUGUAUGUUUCUCCACCUCAACCACCGUCUCCUGUCCCAGAAGGUUCUGAGGAAGGAUCCUCACCUAGAGGUUCUGUUUCAGAGAAUGGAAAUGCCAAUGGUUCUGACUUCACACAAGCAGCAAGAGGAUUUACUGAGCGACCUGAAUCUCAAGACAAAUCUGCAGAGGCUAGAGCUCUUAUCUCAAGGCUGACUGAAGAAAAGAAUAAUGCAAUUCAACAAAAUAGCAAGCUCCACCAGGAACUGGAGCUACUGAAGAGGGAAGGCAACAAAAGUCGUGGUGGAGUCUCAUUUGUCAUUGUCGUAUUAAUUGGCCUGCUUGGCAUAAUUAUGGGGUAUCUCAUGAAGAAGACCUAAGCAUUUCUGCGAUUCAAUCUUUCACCAUAGUUUUCGAUCUUAGUUUCUUUGUUCCUACCAUUCAAGCAAUCAUGAGGAAAGUUAAAAUAGAUCAAUUCAGCAGAUGUUGGUUUUUCUUUUUAUUUUUGCCGUUUCUUUUCUUUUCUUUGGGUGGAUAACAUUUUGGAAGUAGAAAACAUUAGGGGAAGUUGUGGGUCUGUGGUUAAGCAUAUUGUGAACUGACUCAUGCUUUCGUUAACUGCAUUCUUUUUGUAACUUAAAGAGGGGAAGCUUCUUGUUUUCUUCUUUUUGUGGUUCGUCUAGUGACUACAUGGUAAUGUCAAGUUGUCAAGGACGACCACGAAUAACAUCAUUCUUCAUGGACUCUCUCUCUAUCGUCUUUUCAUGUCAAGAAUGACCUUUAGAUGACAGAAUAUAACUCUGUUAAUUUUUUGGUCUUUUUUCGCUA